AUGUCUAUCCAGAAUUCAACCAUAAUAUCAAAUCGUUUAAAUGUAGAUAGAACAACGACUAUAAACCUUAUUGAUCAAGAACGGACAACGUCAUCUAAUCAUUCUAAUAGUUCUCGUUUUGAUAUGAUGAUAAGUUAUUCACAUGAUAAUACAGAUAUAUGUCAUCAUAUAUAUGAUCAUUUAAUUGAAAAUGGUUAUACUGUUUGGGUUGAUUUUGGUUAUUUAAAAGGAAAUGUAAUGGAAGCAAUGGCUGAAGCCAUCGAAUCAACCGAUUGUCUUCUACUUUUAAUUUGUGAUAAUUAUAAGCGUAGUAAUUAUUGUCGUGCUGAAGCACUAUAUGCGUUUUCAAGACAAUUAACAUUAAUACCAUUAUUAAUGCAAAAGAAAUAUAAAGCUGACGGCUGGCUUGGUUUAAUGAUAACGCAGUUGAAAUAUGUUGAUUUUACUAAAUAUGAAUUUGACCUAGCAUUUACCAAAUUAAAAGCAGAAUUGUUCAGUAUGGAUAGGAAACCGGGAGCUCAUUUCUCGUCUGUACGAAAAUUACACUCACCGUCCGAAGAGAAAAAAAAUACUGAAUCAAUAAUUCCAUCCAGUUUUAUUACUCUCAGUAAUAUGAUACAACAAACACAUGUGGUAUUGCUGCCACAUAAUUGCCAUUAUCUUAAGAAACCGAUUAAUCAAUGGUUGUCAUCUGAUAUAAAUCAAUGGUGCAAUGAAAAACACCUGAAUACAUUUCUGAAUGUAUUACAGCAUUAUGAUGGGUAUGAUUUAAUCAAAUUAUAUGAACUAUCCAAAUUGAAUUAUAUGUCAAUGAUUAAUGUAUUACAAAAUGAUUAUAUUGAAGAAUUUAUACAAUAUUUUCAUAUAUUGAAUAAUUAUAGUCUGCUAUUAGAAUUUACAACAGAAUAUGAAAAAUAUAAUCCAGAAUUAUUAAGUUAUACAUAUUUAAAAUUACAAGAUAAAAUAAGUGAUAUAAUUGACAAUAAUAUUAAAAAUAUAAGUAAAAUACCAACAGAUGUAUUGUAUGAAAUUACUGCUUUAUAUACAUUGUUCAAACGAAAACGGAAUUAUAAGAAUAAUUCAAGAAGAACGUCAAUAACUACACGCGAAAGGGAUGAUGAUGACGACUUAUCAAAACAAUAUCAACGUACAAAUUUACGACGAACAGGGUCACAUCAAAAUUUAUAUUAUGACUUAGUAAAACAACAAAAAUAG